AUGAAUUUCUUCAAAGAUCAAGACUCUACUACUUUGAAGUAUAUGUCCAGUAGCAAUAUUGGAGAUUGUCAUAUUGGUGGUAGCCCUAGCAUGCAAGCAAGGCUGGAAGCGAGGAAAGUAUACAAGUUGCAGAAAGCCCUCUAUGGUCUCAAGCAGACACAUAGGGCAUGGAACAAGAAGAUUGACUCAUACAUGGUCAAAUUGGGAUUCAUCAAAUGCAGGCAAGUAAUUUCAAAUGUCGAAGCAAGGUAUAAUGCUACAUCAAAGAAAGUAAAGAUGACUCCGUCGCCCAAGUUUUUCCCCAAUGAUCUCGUUGGCGAGAUCCUAUCUGCUCUUCCCGUGAAAUCUAUUCUGCGAUUCAGAUGCGUUAGCAAAUAUUGCAAUAAUCUCGUUUCCGAUUCCCUUUUUGUCAAACUUCAUCUCAAGAGAUCAUCAACACGAAAUCCUCAAUUCAUACUAAAGGCCGACCAUGUCUUACGAAUCCCAGGCGAGUCCCCCUCUGGCAGUGACGAUGAAUGGGAGGUGGAGGAAGGUUUCAUUCCCUAUUUUGUGAGCAGUUUAGUUGAAAAUCCAUCUUUCGCCGUCGCUGUUGAUCCUUACUACGUGGUGAAAAACCAUGAAUACCGUUUAAUUGGUUCCUGCAAUGGAUUGAUAUGUUUGGUUGGUGAAUCCAUCACGGAUGGUGAGUAUUAUGAGUACUCGUUCCAUUUAUGGAACCCAGCCACCAGGACCACAUCUCCGAAAUUUGGGUUCUUACGUUUAUUUCACAAUCGUCUCGGUUGCACUCCCUCUAUUGACGAUGGCUAUUUCAUAUUCAGCUUUGGUUGCGAUGAUUCUACAGGAACUUAUAAGGUAGUCGCCUCACGUUACAAUAAACGUGAACAAAAAACCAAUGUCAGAAUUCUAACUUUUGGUGAUUCUGUUUGGAGAGAUAUUGGAAGUUUUCCUGUUGAUCCUUUGAAUUUGGACUCAAAUUUGGAAUCUGGUGUGUAUCUCAAAAGCACUAUUAACUGGUUUGCUAUUCAAAAUAAACUUCGGUAUAACGGCGAUGAUUAUAAGGAUAUUAAUGUUGAACAAUGUUUUAUCACUUUCCUUGAUUUGAGAACUGAGACUUGCAAUAAGUAUUUAUUGCCUCGUGAUUUCGACGAGGUUCCUCCUAAAGAACCAAUUGUUAGUGUGUUGGGGGGCUAUUUUUGUUUUUCUUAUCGUAACGAGGAACCUUAUUUUGUUAUAUGGAAGAUGGAGAAAUUUGGAGUAGAAGAUUCUUGGGCUCAAUUUUUUAAAAUUAGCUAUCAGAAUCUUCAAAUUGAUUAUGACUAUAGUGACGCAUAUAUAAAAUAUCAUUAUCAAUUGAAGCCGUUAUUUAUUUCUAAAGACGGUGAUUCAUUGGCACUAAGAAGCAGUUUAAACUCUCAAGAAAUUAUUUAUAGUUGUAGAGAUAAUAGAGUGGAGCGAAUAGAAAUAGCUGCAAGUAGAACAAUUAAUGAUGAUACAACUAUGUAUAGUGCCUGGUGCAGAGACGAGGAAUAUUUUGAAAGCUUAGUUUCAGUUUUAUGAAGAAUUAGAAGAACCGCGAAAAGCUAAUACAAUGUGAGAAUUAAAAGCUUAGAAGAAGAGCAGCUAAGGUAGUGGCUGUUUGGGAGGGUGGAUUCAAAGGAUUAUGGUUUGUAUUAGUUAGGAUUUUAAAAUUAAAUUACUGCAUUGCAAUGUUUAUUACACUUAUUUGUUUAUAUGUUUAAGCCUUGAUGAGAAAAAAAGAAAGCUCAAUUGAUUUGUAACUGUUGUAGAAUGAAUACAACAUUUUUAGUUAACAGUAUGUAUUAAUUAUUGUGUUUGAUAUCCACAGUGGAGUUGACACUUUCAUCCGUUCUUGUAACUUUGUAGUAUUUCUAAGUCUGUGACAACAGUUGAAUGGGUGUGCUAUGGUAUGAAAAGGUAUUUAUCAAAAGCGUUGCCGGUAAUGACUCCUUCAGCAAGAAGUGAUAGGUGGCAAAGGUAUAAUGGAUAUGUCACAUAUUGAAGAGCACAACUUAAAUGGAUUUGUAGGUUGAAGGGUCAUCAAACUUAAACGGUUAGGCAUUAGAAAAACUGUGGCAUAUUAUAUACAAGGACAUAUUGAGCUGUUGGAAAUGACUUUUUGUAGAAACCAUCUUUGUUGUUGAAACCCAAAAAAUAUAACAAGAUUUUUUGCAAGCCUAUUUUACCAGGUCCUUGUAUACGUCUUAUUUAUGCAUGCAUGAGAAUAAUCACUAGGCCCUUAGAACAGUGAAAAAGAUCAUGGUGUACUGAUGAUUCUCUUUUGAUCAUUUGAGGUGAACCGUAGCUUCUUAUCUUCGCUCUAUCACAAUCAUUACCAUCCAAUGCAGGAAAUUUGUUAGACCUUUAGUAAAAAUUAUUAGGAAUUAAAUAUGUUUUUAAUGGUAGUUAUUACUCCCAUUCUGCCUCCCUUCUGUGCCUGCAUGUUCGUGCUGCCGCCCUCCCACCUUUUUAGCCUUCUCGGCCUCCACAGCUCCUCAACCUGUUAAAAUCAAUAGCAAGGGAAGCUAUUUCACAUCUAUUCUUACUAGAUAACUGUUGUGCGAGAAAAGUCAGAUAUUCUUUAAAUUCGCUUGUAUAAAUUUAUCAUAACUAGUUUUUUUUUUUGUUGACAAAUUUAUCGUAACUAGUUAAAGAAUGAUAUACACUUGAUAAUUACCAUAUGGAUUUUUAUUAGUAUUUGUUCAAUUUUAUAAUUUCAUGUGUGGGAUUGCAGAAUCAUAAGGACCGCCAAGAAAAUACCUCA